ACCAUGGAAAACAGGAACGCUACCUCAUACUUCAUCCUCCUAGGACUCUUUAACCACUCAGGAGCCCACCUGUUUCUCUUUGUGAUGACUCUGGCAGUUGCCUUCACCUCCCUCCUGGGCAACGCCCUCGUGAUCCUGCUGAUUCACGGAGACCCGCGGCUGCACAAGCCCAUGUACUUCCUGCUGAGCCAGCUCUCCCUCAUGGACAUGAUGCUGGUCUGCACUAUUGUGCCCAAGAUGGCUGCUGACUACGUGACAGGGAGAAAGUCAAUCUCCCCCACUGGCUGUGGUGUACAGAUAUUCUUCCUCCUCACAUUGGGAGGAGGUGAGUGCUUCCUCUUGGCAGCCAUGUCCUAUGACCGCUAUGUGGCUAUUUGCCAUCCCCUGAGAUACUCCGUCCUCAUGAGCUGGCAAUUAUGCCUGAGAAUGACCUGGGGGUCCUGGUUCCUGGGGGCAGCUGAUGGGCUCCUGCAGGCUGCUGCCACCCUGAGCUUCCCAUUUUGCAGAGGUCAUGAGAUUGAACAUUUCUUCUGUGAGGCACCCGCUCUGGUGCAUUUGGCUUGUGCUGACACAUCUGUCUUUGAGUACACCAUGUACAUAUGCUGUGUGUUAAUGCUCCUGGUCCCGUUUUCCCUCAUCCUGACCUCCUACAGUCUCAUCCUGGCUGCUGUUCUCCAGAUGCGUUCUGCAGAAGCCCGCAGAAAGGCUUUUAGCACAUGCUCCUCACAUUUGGCUGUGGUGGGACUGUUUUAUGGAGCUGCCACUUUUUCCUAUAUGAGACCUAAAUCUAAUAGGUCAGCUAACCAUGACAAGGUUGUGUCAGCAUUUUAUACUAUUUUCACCCCUAUGCUGAAUCCUCUCAUCUAUAGUCUGAGGAACAGUGAGGUCAAGGGAUCCUUUAGAAAGAGUUUGGGCCAGUGUGUUGCCUUAAGUCAUGACUAA